AUGGAGGGAAUUUACGGUGACAGUAAUGGAGAUUUGAACGAUUACGAUGAUGUUUCAAUGAAAUCGGCUAAAGAUGAAGAUUUUUUAAAUGCAUCCAAAUAUACGGUUUAUCAUUCGGCACAAGAUUUAGAUAAUCCUAAGGUUGCUUUGUUUCAAAAUCAUGAACGACCAAGGGUUUAUGCAGAAGAUGAAGUCAUAGAUGAAAUGGAUAAUAAAAGUGUAGAUUUUGUUUUGGUUUGGCUUGAAGAUUAUCCUAAAAAAGCAAAUGCGAACAGUAAUGGGAAAAGAGAAGUUUUCGAAAGGAAUCUUAUCAAUGAAGGAUUGGAACUCAGUUAUCAAGUUUUGGAUAAAUUUCAUUUUAUUAAAAUUUAUGCACCAAAUGAAGUAUUGGCUAGAUACUGUGAAAUUCUUAAAUUAAAAAUGCCCAUUAAAAUUGAAGAAACUGAAGAAAGCGAAGUUGAAAAAUUUGAUAUUGUUAACGAAGUUAAAAAUUUUGAUAAAAAAAUUUACCCGCCAACCGGUUCGAAAUUGACAGCUGAAUUUGCAAGGGAUAAAACAUAUUUAUUUGAUAUUGAUUCCCCAAAUUUUUUUACUUCCGGUGUUAAAAGUUGUGUUAUCGAUUUUAUUUUAGAAAGACAAAGAUACACAGAAGAUGAAAGAGCAGUUUAUGAAGUUGGUAUUAAUCGUUUAUUGGCAGAAGGAGUUUACAAAGCUGCCUAUCCAUUACACGAUGUAUAUUAUAGAAAAGGUACAUCACUGAGGUGCAAAUUAUACAAUGAUUGGUCAAGACUAAGAAAUUGGAUUAAAAUUCAACCUAUUGAUCAAAUCAAAGAUUAUUUUGGUGUUAAAUAUGCUCUUUAUUUUGCUUGGUUAGGAUUUUAUACUCACAUGCUAAUACCUGCCAGUAUUGUUGGACUUAUUUGUUUUUUUUACGGGUGGAUCACUCUAAAUUACAACACUUUGAGCCAAGAUAUUUGCAAAUCUGAUGAUCUUAUUAUGUGUCCUCUAUGUGAUGAAACUUGCGACUAUUGGAAACUAACAGAAACUUGUACUUUUGCUAAACUCGAAUAUCUUUUCGAUAAUCCUGCCACUGUCUUCUUUGCCACUUUCAUGUCAUUCUGGGCUACUCUUUAUCUUGAACUUUGGAAACGACAUAGUUCAGCAUUAACUCAUAGAUGGGGAUUGGCAACGUUUGAUUUAGCAGCCGAACCACCCAGACCAGGAUAUUUGGUAUCGGUUAGUUCAAAGUAUAAAAAAUUCAUAAAAGAAAAAGUAAACGUUAUAACAAAAAUGACGGAGCCUUACGUGCCUUUUUGGAAAAUUCGAGUACCCAAUAUGGUUUUUAGUUUUUCCGUGGUUUUAUUAUUAGUUAGUACUGCAGUUGGAGCUGUUUUUGCUGUCGUGUUUUACAGAAUGUCUGCAUUAUCUGCUUUUUCAUUGAUCAAACCCCCCGAUGAACAAAAUUCCUACACUUAUACGGUUAUUGUUAUUCCAGCUACGGCUGCUGUUGUUAAUUUAAUUUGCGUUACUGUACUUAAUUACGUGAAGAAAAUUUUAAAUCGCCGGAAAAAUUAUCAAAACCUGAAACACAAAGAAAAGGGUAAACAUAAUAAUAAGGAGGCAAUAAACGUUAUUUUGGGUAAUUAUGUAAAUAGAUUUAACAACGAGAAAUAUCAUUCAAAAUAUUUGAAUUAUUAUAAAUUUUUUAGAGGAAGAGAGAAAUAUGUCAGUCAUUCAAUUCGUUUUUGUUUUCUAGGUUUCGAAUUGAUGACGACGAAACGGGGUAGCUUUUACAAAAAUAACAAAUACAUCACACUCAUAGGACGGUUAAAAAAACAAGAAGAAACACCGUUGGGAGUUAAUCAAUGGACGGAAGAUUACAAAUUGUUGGAAUGGGGUCCAAGAGGAUUAUUUCCAGAAUAUUUAGAAAUGAUAAUCCAAUAUGGAUUUGUAACGAUUUUUGUCGCCGCCUUUCCUCUCGCACCUUUAUUCGCUCUUUUGAAUAAUAUUUUAGAAAUGCGUUUGGACGGUCAAAAGUUUUUGAAAUACUACAGGAGGCCGGUGCCGAGAAGAGUUAAAAAUAUUGGAGUUUGGUAUACGAUUCUGGAUGUCCUUAUUAUUAUUAUUAUUAUUAUUAUUACUAAUCGACUUAGCAAGUUAUCUAAUUAUUAA